UCAAACCGUGAUCUACUGGAUCCUAGGUCGAUGCUCAGCCCCUGAGCCACACUGGCUGGGCCGGACUGAACGCCUUUUAAACGACACCUUUGGUAACCACAGGUGAGCUCUCUGACCCUCUUAAGUUUUCUUGCCCUCAAGUACAUCUAAUAGUUUUUAUUGAAUAGCAAAGUGGAAUUAAGCCCACGCUCACCUUUAUGUGAAGAGCUGAACUAUAAACCCCCUCUCCGUUAAGAGGUGUGCCCACGGACUAUGGCAUGUUCUCUUAGGUGGUCACUUCAGGUACUGUUAUCUAAAUCUAUUUGUUUGAAAGCUACAUUUUAGUUGUCAUUUUAUUCUUCGCCAGCACUAUUUUUUAAGUUUUGCUUUCAUUUGGUCUUGAAGACAUUCUGUUCAUUUGUUUACUUCAUGUAUAUUUUCUCUUUUGUUGUUUUUGUUUUAGGUGACUAUGAAAGGCUUAUAUUUUCAACAGAGUUCUACAAAUGAAGAAAUAACAUUUAUAUUUCAAGAAAGGGAAAAUCUUCCUGUUACAGAGGAUAACUAUGUGAAACUUCAAGUUAAAGCUUGUGCUCUGAGCCACAUAAAUACAAAGCUUCUGGCAGAAAUGAAGAUGGAGAAGGAUUUCUUUCCUGUUGGGAGAGAAAUUGCUGGCAUCGUGUUAGAUGUUGGAAGUAAAGUAUCAUUCUUUCAACCAGAUGAUGAAGUAGUCGGAAUUUUACCCUUGGAUUCUGAAGACCCUGGGCUUUGUGAAGCGGUGAGAGUGCACGAGCACUACCUGGUUCACAAGCCAGAAAAAGUUACAUGGACAGAAGCUGCUGGAACAAUUCGGGAUGGAGUCCGAGCCUAUACAGCUCUGCAUUACCUUUCUCAUCUCUCUCCGGGGAAGUCGGUGCUGAUAAUGGAUGGAGCAAGUACACUCGGGACAAUAGCUAUUCAGUUGGCACAGCACCGAGGAGCCAAGGUGAUCUCAACAGCGUGCAGCCUCGAAGACAAGCAGUACCUGGAGAGACUUAGGCCUUCUCUAGCCCGAGUGAUCGAUGUGUCCAGUGGGAAAGCGCAUGUUGCUGAAAGCUGUUUAGAAGAAACAGGUGGCCUGGGAGUAGAUAUCGUCCUGGAUGCUGGAGUGAGAUUGUAUAGUAAAGAUGAUGAACCAGCUGUAAAAUUACUGCUACCACAUAAACAUGAUAUCCUCACACUUCUGGGCAUCGGAGGCCAUUGGGUAACGACAGAAGAAAACCUGCAGUUGGAUCCUCCAGAUAGCCACCACCUUUUCCUCAAGGGAGCAACAGUGGCUUUCCUCAAUGACGAAGUCUGGAAUUUGUCAAAUGUACGACAAGGAAAGUAUCUUUCUACGCAUCUUAAAAGAUGUGAUGGAGAAGUUAUCAACUGGUGUUUUCAGGCCCCGCCUGGACGAGCCGGUUCCUCCCCGCGCGGCCAGAGCCUCCAUGGAAGUGGUUCAGAAGAGGCAAGGAAGGAAAAAGCAAGUUGUUCAGUUUUAAUUCUGUUCUUCCCAGACCUGUCGAGUGAACCCAUUCCAGCACUGGACGCCCGUUCCUUGGAAUUUGUUCGGAACAGUCAAGGAAGAUAAAAGCCAGUGGUUCCCUUUUUAAGCAUGUUUUCCUGCUAUGAGACAAUAUGCUCAUUUUUUUCAAAUGUCUGACGUGUUUAAAAAAUUAAUGUCCAAAUGCAAGACCAGCCUCUAAUGAACACCUACGGGCAUGUUCCGUU